AUGGCUACUAGAGGCUUCAAAAUUUGCUUGGUUGUGUCACUACUCUUCUUGGUCACUGUUACCAUUCUUAUUGUGAGUUUAUCUUUCACCAUCUUUAAACCCAAAAACCCUGACAUCACUGUCCACCCUCUUGGCCUUGAAAACUUUGACAUUUCCCUUUUACCCAAUUUGACCAUAAACGUGAGUGUAGGCAUGGUAAUCACUAUCCAGAAUCCAAAUUAUGGAAGCUUCGAGUUCACAAAUUCCACAGGUUAUGUCAAUUUUCAUGAUACCGUAAUAGCCGAAGUUCCAAUAGAUGCAGAGUUAGUCCCUGCACGUAGCCAAAUUAAUGUGAGCACUUCAGCAGAUUUUAUGGUAGCAAAGUUGGUCAAUGAUCCAAGUUUUUGGUCAGAUGUUGUACAUGGAACUUUGAUUUUCACAUCAACAGCUACACUACCUGGGAAAGCGCGUAUGUUCAACAUUAUCAAAUUAAAGGCCACGGCUUAUAGCUUGUGUGACAUCUCUUUUAACAUAAGCUCUAAGGACGUUGAUACCAAUUGCAUAUCCAAAGUCAAGCUUUAA